AGUAUAUUUUGACUUUCUAUUUUGGGACUGCUUCCCUGUUUGAACUAUGUAAUAAAUGAAUAACCUAACAUAACACAUCAUAACUCUAGCCUGACUAACUCCCUACCUGACCUGUUCUUAACCUAACCUAACAUGUUCCUAUCUCUUACUAUAACUUAACUCUAACCCUCCUAACUUAACCAGUCCAUAACCCUCCUAACAUCACAUAACUCAUCCCUAAUUCUAAUCUGUACCUAACUUAAUACAUUCCUAACCCUAAUAUAACCCAUACAUAACGCUAACCUGACCCUAACCCUACCUGACCUGGCUCUAAUUAUAACCUAAUCUAGGCCUAAUUAUAACAACCUAAAUCAUCCCUAACCCUAACUUAACCUUACUUAACAGUAACUCUAACCAUAUCUAUCUCUAACAAUAACUUUAACAUAACCUAACCCAUCCUUAACUAUAACUCUUCCUUAACUAACUCCAACCUGUCCCUAAUCCCACCAAACCCAACCCAUAUUUACGCCUAAUCAAUGAGUUGAAAAUGGUCACAAAAAACAGACACAGUUAGUAUCCGGCCCAAAAACAUUAACCCAGAAAUGAAAUAGGAGAGGCUUCAUACUUAGUGAGAACUGCAUAAUUUGCGCGUUAGUGGGUUAAAUGUGGGAAUUGUGAAUACUUUCGUUUAAAAAUUAUGCAUGAAUCUUUCUGAGUGCAAAUAAGUUUUUUUAUACUAGAAAACCUUCCUACGUAUGCUCUGGCCCUGACAAAAUUUUGCGCAGUUUUCAAAAACGGCUAUGGAGAAAUUGCAAACGAUUCCUGUUUUGGUUGGGAUCGGAAUAGUCGUUUCGACCGCACUAGUCAUAACAUAUGUUUUCAAAAAAAGGAAAACCCAUAAAAGGACUCUUGUUGAUCCGACAGCAAAAGUAUCGCUCCAAUUAAUUGAUAAGAAAAGCAUCAGUCACGAUACGAAGAGAUUUAGAUUUCAACUGCCAUCGAAUAACCACAUUUUAGGUUUACCAGUUGGGCAACAUAUAUUUCUCACUGCACAAAUCGAUGGAGAACCAGUGAUUCGGUCAUAUACCCCUGUCAGUUCUGAUGAUGAUUUAGGAUACAUGGAUCUUGUAGUUAAGGUUUAUAUGAAGAAUGUUCACCCAAAAUUUCCAGCUGGUGGGAAAAUGAGCCAGUAUUUAGAUAGUCUUAACAUCGGUGACACCGUGGACAUACGUGGCCCAUCUGGAAGAUUGAAAUAUUUAGGAAAUGGUAAUUUUUCGAUGAAAGUUCUCCGAAAAGAUCCCGCUUAUACAGUCACAGUGAACAAAAUUGCUAUGAUAGCAGGUGGAACUGGUAUAACACCUAUGCUGCAGAUAAUUAGGCACAUUAUUAAGACAUCAGAUCCAACGCAGAUGUCAUUGCUAUUCGCUAAUCAAACUGAAAAAGACAUCCUUUUGAGAGAUGAACUGGAAGACAUAGCUAGGAAUCAUUCUUCAAGGUUUCAAGUCUGGUACACGCUGGACGUACCUCCUCCAGAUUGGAAAUACAGCACCGGUUUUAUAACAGCUGAUAUGAUCGAAAAGCACUUGUUCCCACCAUCUCCAGACACGCUCGUUGUGAUCUGCGGCCCGCCUCUUAUGGUUAACAUCGCCUGCAUACCUAACCUAGAGAAGUUAGGAUACGAUUCUAAAUUGCGUUUUGCAUAUUAAUAUUUCUACUAGUAAUAAAUAGCACACAUUUAGAUGAUUAAAAUCAACUAAUUUGUUCAUUCAUUAAAAAAAUGCAAGCUAUAGACUUGAAUUGAAUUUUUUUUAAAAUUAAAUGAAAUACAUAGUUCACUAUUUUAAUGUUUUUUAUAUUAUUGUAUUAUAUAUUCUAUUGUUUGAAAUAGCAAAACAUUGUCCUAAAAAACACUUUAAUUUUAGAUAUUAAAAAUUAGAGGACAAAAGUGUUGUAUAGAAAAAAAAAGAAAUAUUUUUAGAGACAAGUUUAAGUAUAAAUUUUUUGUUUAUGCUUCUAGCAUAUACACUGUACAUACGAGGAUGAGAGGUCGAGGCUAUAUCAAGGAAUACGCAUUUAGCUAAAAUUGGCUCAAUCAUGUUAUUUGACAUAUAAUAUGAACAAAAGGUGCUUUAGCUUUUCACGAUGAAAACGCCUACUGCUAGUAGGACCCAAAUGUUUCUAUAUAUUUUUUUGAAAAAAAAAAAAAACAGUUUCAUUUGGAUAACCAAAAAAAAAAUGUAUCUUAAGAACAAAAGUGAGCUUUACGAUAAAACUUUUUAGUAUAUGCUAUUAAUAAUUGUACUAUAACUGUUACUAUUAAGUUUUACGAAAUGUCAGAAUUGUAAUAAAUUAUUUGUGCUUAAAUUA